ACCUAAGCCACGCCUUCUUUUCACGGAGUAGUCUGGUGGGUGUGUCGAUAGGGCGUGGUUUUGAUUAACGUGUUCAAAAUGGCGGAUGACGGGUUUGAUGACUUUAGUGGAGGAGAAGAUGAUCUAUUGGAUGACAUGGAUGAUCUUGGAGAAGAAGGAGAAGAAGACAACGAGAAUGAGGAAAACAUUGAGAUACUCCCACAAACCGAAGAAGAACAUGCCAUACCAUCAGAGCAGCGUACAACCACACCAUACAUGACUAAGUAUGAGCGGGCAAGAGUAUUAGGGACAAGAGCAUUGCAAAUCAGCAUGGGUGCUCCUGUCAUGGUCGAACUAGAGGGAGAGACAGACCCACUGAAAAUUGCUAUGAAAGAACUAAAGGCAAAGAAGGUUCCUAUCAUCAUAAGACGUUUCCUACCUAACUCGAGUUAUGAAGACUGGGCAGUGGACGAGUUGAUUAUCGACUGACGAGUAGUUGUUUGUAUUUUCAUGUUUAUUCCUCUUCUUGUGCUGUUUUUUGUUUCCAUUGCUCCUGCACUUUCUUUCCCCUUUUCCUCGUUCACAUAUUUGUCUACAUUUACUCACUUGUUUCAAUAACUUUCAAUUUAACGUGUA